ACAAUUCAAGGCUUCAGACUGAAAGAUAAUACAAAACGUCCCUUAUUUCUCAAAGUCAUAUGAUAGAUAAAUAGCAUUUGCCUUUACCACAAAUAAGAGUGUUGUGGUACUCGGAUCAAGUCUUUCCUCGAUAAUCACCUACCCCUCCAUAGGUCCAGUCCAAACCACCUCCUGCGCAACCACAGACUUAUCAGGUGUCCCGAAUCUUUGGGAUUCCUCCAUUUGACUUUUUCACUCAAUAUCGCAUUUUCCCCAUCUAGUUCCUACAACGAUGUCAUCUAGACUUCCCAGCGGCGGUGCACCUCGUCUUUCCACUGCACCCAGUAGUAGUACCAAACCUCGACAGCUGUCUCAUCUACACGCACAGCUCGCACAACUCUCUGCCAACCUUGGUGAUCUUGAGAAUCUUCUACGAAAUACUAGUAUACAAGCUGAGUCUAUUCGAGGCUUGGGUGCUUAUCAUGGAGGGUUAUUCAUGGCUGCAAGCAAAGUUUUAGGAGAAGAGACAAUCGCGGGGAGUGCACAGCAACAACAACAAGGACAGGGGCAAACAAAAGGAAACAACAAUCGGGCAGCAGAGCGUAAGGAGGACUCUGAUUCCGAUUUCUGAACGUACUUUCUGGCUACGAAUAGUCUAGGAGGCAGGAGGCAUGUGGAUUCGGAUAUGAGAGCAAAACAUUGAAACCUACACACGCAGUAGGAUAUCAAACGGCCAGUUCCGGCAUGGGCAAAAGAUUGCCGUCCCAGUUAAGACUGCGAUUGCCAAUAGGGCUCUCGGCAUGCACAUCUAUCUCUUCACGGCUUUACGGCAUUUUAAAGCACGAUCCUUCGCGAAAGACUAAGAUAGCAACCCUAUCUCCAAAGGUAUCAUUUCUCAUGCUUCUCUCUAUCUCGCGUCGACCAAAGAACGUAAGAAGCAGAAGCAGAAUACGGAGACGAACCUCACUCUGGUGGGCUUGAAACAGCACCAACCAUUGUACUAGGAAAAGGUUCAAGAAGAUUAGAACGAAUGGAUCGCUGAUCGAUAUUGACGAGCGAAUUGUUGUUCAAUGGGGAGGAUAAAAUCUAAAAAUUCAAACAAAACUUUCUAUGUCUCCCUCUCUACCCUUAUUUCCCUAGCCAUUGUCUUUGCUCAUACAGCCAACCGAUGGCUCAGCAAAUUCCUUAACUUAAUGAUUUCCUCAAAAAGCUAGCUUAUUCGAUUAUGAAGAUGUCAAUCGUCGCAUGUCGGUGCAAAAAGCAAAGGAGAAUCUCCCUCGCGUGGGGUCGAACCACGAACCUCUCGAUUUAUCUGUUUGAAUGAAUUGCUUCACUUAACAGUCGAACGCGCUAGCCAAUUGCGCCACGAGGGAUGUUUGAUGCUGAGCGAGUCGCAUAUUUUGUUAUAUAAAUGUAAGACUUCAAAAGACCCACAUCAACUCAUCAGAAGGUGGGGGACGACAUGCACUGAAGACCGACAACCCACAGUUAUCCAUGUUUGAUAUGGCAAACACCGUUUGAAUGAUAUAUGUGGAAAAACGUGUCUGGGUAGAUGAAUAUCAAGAGUCGUUGGCAAGAAUAUGUUUUGUUGUUUGAAAAAUGCAUGCGCUUGGAAUAAUUCACGUACACUGCUGUUGCUUUUAUGUGGGUGGAUGAAGAGACAAUUACUAGGUCUUUGCCAGCCUAUAUCGACGACCUCUAAUGGUUAGGAAGUCUUAUUUACGAAGCCUUUCUUCGUUCUGGUUGAUAGUUCCAUCUCGUCUUCAACAUUCAGGGUUCGCAUGCGUGUUAAUGGUGAGUAGCUCUAAAUGCGUCACCCAGUUGAUGUUGCGGGUGGUUGGGAUCUGGUUCGUCAUCAAGAGCUUUGUACUCACCUUGAGAUUAGAAAAAACAUCUGUGGCAUGCUGUUUUGAAGAUUGGCAAAAGAUGAUCAGAAUUCGUUUCCAUGGUAAAGCGUCGUGACUUGCAACGUGAAUGGCAAAGAA